AUGUCGUACUCACUCUACAUUGGCAACAAGCGUUACUCCAGUUGGUCCAUGCGCCCAUGGGUGCUCUUGAAGGCUGCGGGAAUACCGUUCGAGGAGAGGCUGCAAAUCUUUAAGCCCACCCAGCGCCAGCCAGAGUUUGUCGCAUUCUCGCCAACAGCCAAGGUGCCCUGCCUGCACGACGGCACGUCCACGACGGUUGUCUGGGACUCGCUGGCCAUUUGCGAGUACGUCGCCGAGAGCCACCCCGCCGUGUGGCCAAGCGACCGCGCUGCCCGAGCCUUUGCUCGCAGCGCCGCCGCCGAGAUGCACUCGGGCUUCCCCGCGAUCCGUGACCAGUGCUCCAUGAACGUCGGCCUGCGCAUCGAGUUUGGCCCAGUGGGCGAGGACCUGCAAAAGGAGCUGGACCGCAUGGCGGCGCUGUUCAGCGAGGGCCUGGACAAGUUUGGCGGGCCGUGGAUCGCUGGGCCUACGUUUUCAGUGGCCGAUGCCUUUUACGCACCAAUUGCGUCGCGCAUCAAGACCUUUGGCCUGUCGAUUCCUGGCAAGGCUGGACAGUACAUUGAUCGUUUGUUUGAGCAUCCUGCUGUGCAACAGUGGAUCAACGAGGGCAUUGCAGAGCGCUCCAGGGAGCCUUUUCAUGAGGCAGACUGUAUUCGUGGGCGCAAGAUUCUGCAAGACCUUGAGCAGUCAAAGUAG